UUAGCUUGUCGAAGUGUGUGCACACUUAAAAUUUGUUAUCAAAAGUGCCAGUCAUCCAAAAAGUCAUACAUUAUGUAUAAAGAAAGUGAUUGAAUAGAUGUUUUACUAGUGGUGCUCCGUUUUGACAUAAUUCAUCAUUUGUUGUAUAGAGCUCAAAGAGUGCAUUUUUUUAAAAUCAAACUCUUUGCAGUAAAUUAAACACAAUGAAAAGUAAUUCGAAGAUCAUACUGGUUUGUGCAUUAAUUGCGCUCGUUCAUUCUUCGCCAUUUCCGCAGGAAGAAGACUUUCCAUUCGAUCCCAAUUUCGAUUUACUUGAUUCGACAACAGUAGCAUCGCCAUCAUCAUCAUCAUCAUCAUCACCACCAACAACAACAACAACAACUACUACUACUACGACAUCGACCACCACAGUCAGACCGACAAGGCCACGUCCUUCUCCUCCAAGACGACCAAUUAUAACAGCAAUUGCUCAAUCAAUUCAGAACGUAAACAACGCAUUCACAUCAACAGGAACAAUGUUUCAAACGCUGCUCACCUAUUUUACCGGUAUACCAUUCAAUCAAGCAGCACAGACAGCCCAAAAUGUCGCAUCAUCUGCCGGUAAGUUGAUUGGCAAUGCCGUACAAACAAUGAUGCACCGAGUCAGCUCAAUAGCUAAUAAUAUGGGUAUCAUGAGGCCAUUCCAAGUUGGAACAAAUAUAACAACUGUACCACCAUCCGAACUGAAACUUGAUCCGAUACCCGAUGAAAGUGAAUUUAUCGCCAUAGAUUUUGAAUAAAUGUGCAUUUGUCAAUGUCGAACAAAGUUCAAUUAUGGCUGAAAACAAUACGAUAUAUUGUACAUAGAAA